UAACGGUACUGUCUAUCGAAAAAUGUGACGGAAUAUUGGCGGGAUUGUGCGUGUUAUAUUUUAUUUAUUUUAGUUCAGAUGAUGACACCGUUUAAAUAAUGAGGACCUUAAAUUUAAAACAGUGACGUGAUGAAUAUAGCUAAUUAUAAUUACUGAGUGACUUAGAUGCCUAAAAGGUAUUAUGUAACCCAUCACAUGAGUGACUAAAAGUUUUGUGCAACGAUGUCUUCCGGGGAGUGGGACCUACGGGCGCUCAAGGCGCUCGAGGAAGAGGAGCAGCGCGAGUUCCUGGCCCUCAGCCAGAGGAAUCUCUUUGAUCCGCUGCCGAAUCCCACAGCCGAUGCGGCCAGUGCAAAGCCAUCACUCACCUACGCCCAGUUGCAUCCUCAUCUGCUGAAGUUACCGACGAUCGACGAGUGCCAACUGAUGGCGGUGAAGCAGCAGAGAUCAGCGGCCCUGCGAUUCAGUCGGGCUCUUUCCCUAUCCGCCCACUCGCUCUCCUCCCGCACCGGAAGCGGUACGGCGACCGGAAACGGAAGCGGCCUUGGCUUCGGACGGAAGUUGAAAGCCCGCUUGGUGGGCGCCAAGUCCAGCGGUUCAUUAUCGCCCGGUCGCCAUUCGCACAGCUACAGUGUCUCCCCGGUAUACACGCCGCCGCCCAUGAGGAGAUGUGCCACCCUGCACCACACGCAACCGGUUCGCAAGGCCUUCAAGAAUCUCCAGCAGCUGCAGGACCGGAAGCGGCAGGCGGCCGGAAGUCACCUGCAAAGGAUCGCUGGCACAGGGAAAACCUACUGGAAGUACGGGGCCAAUUCCACGGCUGCCUCGAUAGUGGGACAACGAGCCCGCCAAACGCAACAGAUCGAAGUCGAGGAGUCCAAUGGAUCGGAUGAACUGAACUCAGAGCCCCAGGAAAUCUCCGAGGCGGAAACGGGAUCCUGCAGUGUGCCACUGCCCUCGAAGGACACCAAUGAGGUACUGCGCCUGAUGCUCAGUGCGGCCAGUUCGGCGGUCACGGUGACCCCGACGGCGGCGGCAAUCGGUAACGGCAAUGUGACCGGAGCAACUGGUGGCGGCCCGCCAAUGCGGCGCUACCAGAAUGCCAGCGAUGUUGAGAAGGACGAAACUGUUGCGUACGAAGCUUUCCACCAGGCCGCCAAAAGCUUCGAGCGCGGCGCUCUCUUGCGAGUCGGCAGUUUAACAGCGCAAGAGAGCGAUAACGGUAAAGCUGGGGCCAUGAGUCCCCAGAACAGUCCUGGUCGCGAAACACAAUCCACAACGGCGGGUUCUGGUGGCAGGCGGAUGUUAAAGUCCUCCUCUUUGGAUUGGCCCGGGGAAUCACAGCAGCAACAUCAGCUGCAGAGCCACCAGCAACAUCUGACCCAGCAGCAACAUCAGACUGCAAAUCAACUGGAGUUGGUCGAACAGACGAAGGAUACACGAUUUCGGCUGCGGGAUAACUGGGAACUGGACCACGUCCACUUCCACCACGAGGCACUCGGACAUCUCGCCACCGGCGCCACCGUCAUCGAUGACGAACUGGAGCAGCAUAUCAAGCACUGUUCCUGCUCCUGCAACCACAUGGGCUACGGCAACUCAAUGGACUAUCAGACAACUGGGUUCGGGGGAUUGCCCGACGUCACCGAGCACUCAAACAUCCGCCGCACACUGUCCCGCCAGAACUCGAUCUCGAACAGCGACUCCGGCGGCGAGAUAGCCAGCAUCCAGAAGUCCAAGGUCAACUUCGGCAAUCCCUUGGCCGGGGGCGUGGUCGUGGGCGGGGAUAUAGUGGGUCUGGACGCCAAGUCGCCCACAUCGCUCGGUUCGGCGGCGGUGGCAGGUGCCUCUGGAAAAGCCAAGGGAAAGGCCUCGAGAAAAGCAAACACCGGAGCGGAUGGCGGGCAGAAGGGGCGCAGGGGCUCCUGGCUGGUGGCCCUCACCCUGGUCAGUGCCAUCUGCCUGCUGGCCAUCGCCGCCACCCUGGCCUACCAGCACUUCCUCAUGGCGCCCAGCCGCAAUUCGCACGCCCAAAGACUGAGAAUCGUCCGCCGCAUCCUGCGCGAGGUGCCGCUGGUCGACGGGCACAACAACUACGCCUGGAACGUGCGCAAGUACGCCCACAGCAGCCUGGAGCUCCACCUCAGCCACGACGUCGACCACAAGUCGCUGUGGGCGCGGCCGGCGUGGGCGCAAACGGACAUGGAGCGACUCAAACAGGGACUGGUCAGCGUUCAAGUGUGGUCAGCAUAUGUGCCGUGCGAGGCGCAGGGCUUGGACGCGGUCCAGUUGGCGCUGGAGCAGAUAGACAUCGUGCGGCGCCUGUCGGACAUGUAUGCGCGGGAAACGGUGUUGGCCACAUCCUCGCAGGACAUCGUGGAGGCGCACCGCCGGGGCCUGCUGGCCUCGCUGAUUGGAGGAGGGGGCCACACCAUAGGCUCCUCCCUGGGGGUCCUUCGAUCCUUCUACUCCCUGGGCGCACGAUAUCUCAGCCUGACCCAUCGCUGUGACGUGUCGUGGGCAGGAUCGAGUGCCUCGACGGCGGAGCAAGGACUCACGCCCUUCGGCAAGGCCAUUGUCCGUGAGAUGAACCGACUGGGCAUGAUGAUCGAUCUGUCGCACAGUUCGGAUGCCACCGCCAGGGAUGUGCUCCAGGUGACCCGGGCACCGGUCAUCUUCUCCCACUCCGCCGCCCGCCAGCUGUGCAAUUCGACGCGGAAUGUGCCGGACGACAUCCUGCGCCUGGUGGCCGAGAACGGCGGCCUGAUCAUGCUGAGCUUCGACUCCGAGGACGUGGCCUGUGGACGGCAGGCACGCCUCCAGGACGUGAUCGAGCACAUCAAGUAUGUGCGGGCCAUUGCGGGCAUCCAGCACAUUGGCCUGGGGGCCGGAUACGAUGGCAUCGAGCUGCCGCCUCUGGGCCUGGAGGAUGUGUCCAAAUAUCCGGAGUUGCUGGCCGCCCUGCUCGAGGAUCACAACUGGAGCGAGGAGGAUGUGGCCAUGCUGGCAGGCAGGAACUUUCUGCGCAUCAUGGAAACGGUGGAGACGGUGCGGGACUACUGGAAACGGGCGGCCAUCCAGCCCAUUGAGCAGACGGAGCCGCAGCCCAAGACGCAGUGCACCUACAUGUCCUCGUGACCGCAGGCGCAGGCGGUGAGGCAGCGGCGGGAUGAGCCGCCCAUGGAGCGGGCCAAUCGCACCACGGCAACGCUGGCGGGGGAACACUUCUGGAACCGCAGUCCGGAAUCAAGGGACUCCGCCUCCAAUCACUCAGAUCCUGCGGUCAUCGCGGCCACGGCAACGAGUUUUACGGUCAGCGAACUGCUCCAGUAAAAUGGUUUGGAUGGCAAACCAAAGUAGGGGAUUUUGGUAAGCGGUUCGGUUUGCUGGGACUUUGGCGACUGAGGGCGAGUAGUGAAACAAUGACCCAUAAAAUCAAUUAUCAAAAUAGUGAUUUAGGGCAGUGCAAAAGUUUUAGCUUAAUUUUUAAAAUCUAAAUUUAGUUUAUAUAGUUAAAUUUAUACAUUUUUUUUGUUGCCACAAUUUUAAUACAAGUGAUUCAAGAGCAUUUCAAAUUUACUUUUAAAGAAGUUUCAAGACACUACUUUGGUUUUUUUUGCCUUUACUUGCAACAGCGUGUAAUAAUGCACACCAAUGUCUUCCUUAACUUCAUUUUAUUUAAAAAGAAGUUAAAGUUAAGGAAAAAAUGUUGAUUUCACUUUUAUGAAAAUAUUCUAAAAAUGUCUAGUGUAGUGUUUUUAGAUUCAAUAAAUAACAAAACAUGUAUAUAUAUUUGUAUUCGUUUCUGCAACUGUAGAGUAAGACGCAUUUAACUAUGAAGUUUGCCUGCAAAACUUUGUUGCCAUUACUCGCUCUCAGCUGAAAAGUGAACAACUGUCGUAUCGACCCUCGUGAAUAAUUAGUGUGUACUCGUAAUUUACUUCCAAAGGAUGCAUUGAUAGGCGUAUGAAUAAAUAAUAAUAAUAAAUGUACUAGUAUUUAGCCCAUAAUUGUUUGCAGCUAUACUUAUUGGUGUUGUGGCUAUGCAUAAUUUAUGCACAGUGCGGAUACUUAUUAAUGUUGCUGUACCACAGGGCGUAUGCACGACGCAGCUAACUCAAAGCUGCGAACCGAACCGCAAACCGAAAUCUUUCUUGGCUUGUCUGUGACUGUAUUAUACAUUUAUAUGUAGGACACACAUCAAUGAUUCACGCUAAUUAUCGCAAUUAAGCGCAAUACAUUUAAUUACAAAACAUCACACAGACACUCGAAUAUAAAUCAUCAAAAUGAAUUAAUUGCAGUAGAUUUCCCACAGUUGGCAAAAGUCAAAAAACAUGCACUGCAUAAUCAGUCGUAAGCACAGCCACCAGGCCAAUGCAAUUAAAAAUAGAUUUUUCACCCUGGUUGCAUGUGAAUCCAUCUUAAUUUCUGUACUAGGUUAGUUAAAAGCAAAAAACAAAAAUCAAAAACCAAAAACGAAAUGUUGUUCGUGUAUGCAUAGCUACAUAUAUACCACACAAAAACAGAAAUAAAAGUAAACUCCAGCAGAAGCAAUGCGUAUAAUCGAAUAGAGAGACACGCAUUUCCAUAAAAAUAAAUCGGAAGUAUAAAAAA